CAAUGUGGUCCCACCAGAUUUAAUAAGGUUUUUUCGAAGAUGGGAAUUCAGCUCAGCUGCAGGAGCUGAACUCAGGCAUGUGGUGUGUUGAGUGUGACUGAGGAGCUUGUUCCAGAGGAGAUCUGACAUGGAGCACACUGUCCAAACCCUUCACUGGCUCUACAAUGCCACAACCAGUGCCAACCCGAUACAGCACCUCUACAAUGCCACAGCCAGUGCCAAUCCAGAUACAGCACCUCUACAAUGCCACAGCCAGUGCCAACCCGAUUCAGCACCUCUACAAUGCCACAGCCAGUGCCAACCCAAUACAGGCGCUCUACAAUGCCACAUUUAGUGCCCAGAGCCCCCAGCUGCCCCCUGAUGCCAGAGCGAGUACCCACGGCGUGCCCCGCCUGCAUCUGCUGUCGGAUGGAAGCGCCAGCAUGAGUGUGAGUGACACGUCUAUGAUGACACUGCUCCUGAACGCUAGCUCCGCGCUGCCCCUUCCCAUGAUGCCCCGGGCGCCGACGGAGCUCCAGGUCAUCACCAUCCUGCUGACGCUGCUGAUCUGCGGCGUGGGCAUCACGGGCAACGUGAUGGUGGUGCUGGUGGUGCUGCGCACGCGCCACAUGCUCACGCCCACCAACUGCUACCUGGUGAGCCUGGCGCUGGCCGACCUGGUGGUGCUGCUGGCAGCCGGGCUGCCCAACGUGUCCGAGGUGGUGGCGUCCUGGGUGUACGGCUACUGGGGCUGCCUGCUUAUCACCUACCUGCAGUACCUGGGCAUCAACGUGUCGUCCGGCUCCAUCACAGCCUUCACCGUGGAACGCUACAUCGCCAUCUGCCACUCCAUCCGGGCGCAGCUCAUCUGCACGGUGGCGCGCGCCAAGCGCAUCAUCACCGCCGUGUGGCUGCUCACCGCACUCUACUGCACCAUGUGGUUCUUCCUGGUGGACGUCCAGGAGACACGCUACGCAGACGGCGUCCUGGUCACCUGCGGCUACCGCGUCUCUCGCAACCUCUACACGCCCAUCUACUUCCUGGACCUCACGUUGUUCUACCUGAUGCCCCUGCUGGUGGCGUUGGUUCUGUACGGGCUCAUCGCUCGGAUCCUCUUCAUGAGCCCGCUGCCCGCCAGCCUGGGCGACCGCGGGGGCAACGGGUCCAUCCACCAGGGCCGCGCCAACAGCACCCUGCACCCACCCGCCAGCGCCAAGGCCAACAAGGGCGCCAUCUCCUCCCGGAGACAGGUGACGAAGAUGCUGGCAGUUGUGGUGGUUCUGUUUGCCCUUCUGUGGCUGCCAUACCGGGCCCUGGUUGUGGUCAACUCCCUGAUGGACCCGCCGUACCUGGACACCUGGUUCCUGCUCUUCUGCCGCACCUGCGUCUACGCCAACUCGGCCAUCAACCCCAUCAUCUACAACCUCAUGUCACAGAAGUUCCGUACCGCCUUCCGCAAGCUCUGCCAAUGUCGAGGUGGCGCUCGCGGAGGGGCAGGGGGAGGGGGCAGCCAGAAACUGCCCAGUCACAAUCCUCCAGUCUACUACAGCGCUGUUAAGGACUCGUCUCUGGACAGUCCAGAGCGUCUGACGGAGCAGGAAGAGCUGAACUCCUACAGCGCCGCCACCAAGAGAGUCAACUUCAGACAGCAGGGGGCAGCUCAGGACACGGAUCCCAUGUUCAGCAUCGCCUGAGAAACAUCAGGGGGAUGGACAGAGAGAAGAGGAGGGAGAGAAGAGGAGAGAGCGAGUGAGAAAGAGAGAGAGAAGAGGAGAGAGGAAAUGAGAAAGAGGGAGAGAAGAGAGGGAGUGAGAAAGAGGGAGAGAAGAGAGGGAGUGAGAAAGAGGGGUUGAAGAGAAGAGGAGAGAGGAAGUGAGAGGGCGAGAGUAUUGAAUUUCAGUGCAGACAUACACAAUUGAUCUGGAAAUCUAUGGACUGUUACACAUACAGAGACUUGUGUUGCAAAUGCAUCAUCCUUAUCUGGGGUCAGCUUUAAAACGUUAGGGCUUUAGAUAAGAUAAGAAUGGACCUCUUAACCCUGUGUCCACUUAGUGUGUGCAUGGGUGAGUCCUGUGUGUUCAUGGACGAGUCGUUUGCGUUCGUGGAUGAGUCAGACAUGGUGGACAUCAGAUACUUUGGGGGAAACCCUUCCGACGGAUUUCAUUGGUUGGUGGAGAAACUAUAGGAUUUGAUUGGUUGGUGGGGCAGUACUUUCAUGAAUAGUGGAAUGAUUUAUAUAGGAGAGUAAUCUGAACUUAAUAAUGAAGACAGGUGCACAUGCAUGAAGGCAAAACAUGAUCUCUGUUUCUAAACUAUUCUAAACUAAUCUUUUAUUUAUUUUCCACUCAAAUGUUUUGUAAAAUGCGAAUGUAAAAUGUUUAAUGUUUUGAUAAUUUUAGUGUUCUUAAAAUCUUUCACUGUUGUAAAAGUAUGUGAAUAUCCCACUUGGUUGUGACCUGGGUUUCUCUGGUUAUUAGAAUGUCACCUUAACUCAUGCAGCAAGGCUGAGGAAGACCUCAGUAUCGGGCUCUCAGAACCUAGCUGCUCUGCCUUAUCGAUGUCUGCCUCAUCAGAAGCUCUCAGAUGCCUCAGUGUCGUCUGAUGGGUGGGGUCAUCGUGGGGUAACUGAGUGGUCAUGUGCUCAGGCAUGGGGUAGCGGAACGGUCAUAAGAUCAGGCGUGGGGUAACAGAGUGCCUGGAUGCUGGGGCAGUUAUUGACAGGCGGGUCGUAAUUCUCACCCCCAGAUGAUUAUGUUUGUCAGCAGCAGAGUAUCGAUCUGAGCUGUUGUCUGCACACUGAGAGAAAUCUCAACAACAUAGUCUGUGUGUGUGUGUGCGUGUGGAGACCCCCUCUCUCAGACGCAGCAGGCCCAUACACACACACACCUACAGAAGACCCUGUCUCACACCCACACACACACACACACGCACACACACACAGCAAUGUGUACAGUUCCUCUUGACUUUCUCAAACACAGCAGCCCUCUGACAGACUCAGUAUUGCAUGAUAUACAUCCAAAGCAAACAGAAGCGAUGCACACACACA